AUGAGGCUUCAGAGGGAGGCAGGGACGGAGGACAUUGUGUUCUGUUCGGCCCACUUUGCGCAUGACUCACCGACACCACCACCUACUAAGGAACUGCGUGAUCUGGUGAGCCACUGCAGAACUAAAAGGCUGCCACUCAUCAUAGGAUGCGACGCAAAUGCGCAGAACGUGGUGUGGGGCAGUGAGUGGUGCAGUGACAGGGGCACUGCUCUUUUGGAAUUUAUGGCAGAUGUGGACCUGGAGAUCCUUAACAGGGGCUCUAGAUCUACAUUUGUCACCUCGCGCUGUCAAUGCAUCGUUGACAUAACCAUGUGCACCCGCCGACUGGCGGGACGUUGUAUGGACUGGAGAGUGCACCGGGAGGACACACUCCCCGACCAUCGACGCAUUAGAUUUCGCAUUGAGGGCUGUGCCAGUCUACAGCAGGAUUCCUUGCGCAGAAACCCAAGGGCCACCGACUGGGACUCCUUUGAGAGAAACCUGGAAAAAAGGCUCAGGGUAGGACGCGUAAGGCCCUGCAGCGAGGACAGGUUGAAGGACGAGGUGGAGAGAAUCCACGUCGCCCUGACCGAGUCCUUCGAGAUGGCAUGCCCGGCUAAACCAUGCAGGCAAGGGAACAAAGUGCCUUGGUGGAGUCGAGAACUGGACAGGCUGAGAAGCCAGUCCAGGAGACUCUGGAACUGA